AUGGCCACACUCCGCCGGCAAGUAACAGCGCUCGGCAACAGAGACGGAGGCGCCAAGGCAAGCUCUCGGCUAGAAGCUUCGCAAACCUUGAGAGCUAUCAACUCUGGAAUUAACAUUACUUUCACCGGAGGAUCGUGCUCAGGUGGCCACGGGUUGUCGAUCGGCUCCGUUGGCGGUCGUGAUGACAACACUGUCAAAAUUGUCAACAUUAACAGCUCCACCAUUAAGAACUACCGGAAUGGUGUUCGCAUCAAGACGGUCUCUGGAGCGACCGGAUCAGUCUCCGGAGUCACUUACAAAGAUAUCACGCUUUCGGACAUCACUUCGUAUGGUGUAGUCAUCGAGCAGGACUACAAGAACGGCUCGCCGACUGGAACUUCUACCAAUGGUGUUCCAAUUACUGGUCUCACACUCGACAAUGUCCACGGAACAGUCAGCAGCUCGGCGACUGACGUGUACAUCCUUUGUGCCAGUGGAGCCUGCUCAGGGUGGACGUGGACCGGCGUGUCUGUCACGGGUGGGAAGACGAGCACCAAGUGCACGAAUGUGCCUUCUCCUGCGCAGUGCUAG